UAUGGGAAAUAGUUGUUCAAGUUAAUCAUAUGAUGAAAAAUAGAAACCAUAUAUAAGUAAAAAUGAUAAUGACAAACCAUAAAAAAAACCAUAAGAAAAUCCAUAAGAGUAUCCAAAUAAAAAUAAAAAUAGUAUUUCCGAUGAAGAAAAAAAAAAUUAGGAAUAGCUUGCUGAUUUAUUUAGAUAAGCAAAUGAAAAUUACGAAGACCUAUUUAAAGAAAUGAAUACUGUAAUAAAUAUUUUAAAUCUACUUAGUUAGAUAAGUAAUUGGCUGAUCUCUGUUAAGACUUAAAAGAACAAGUAAAAGAAAAUGAGAUUAUUUGA